CUCUCAUUUACUUAUCCAUAUAAUGUCAGAAACAACAAAGAGAUCUCGCUGGGCCUCCGACGAGGAAGAGGAGCCGAUUGAAAAACCAGUAAAGCAACAAAAAACAGCGCCUGCCCCUCCACCACAAUCCAAAGCAGUGCGCCAAGUAAUUAUGCGUACAGAACAACCAGAGGCGAAACAAUAUCCGUAUUUACGAGAAUGUCGACAUGUUGAUUGCUUUGAAAGAUUAAAUCAUAUUGAAGAAGGUUCAUAUGGUAUCGUAUUUCGUGCUCGUGAUAAAGAGACGGGAGAGAUUGUAGCGCUCAAGAAGUUGAAAUUAAAUCCUGAAGCCGGUGGUUUUCCUGUCACUAGUUUAAGAGAAAUCCAUGCUUUAAUGACAAUUAAACAUCCCAACAUUGUCAAUGUAAGAGAAAUUGUUAUGGGUAAUCACAUGGACCAGGUUUUCAUUGUCAUGGAUUUCAUUGAUCAUGAUUUAAAAGGUUUGAUGAGCGAUAUGCGUUCACCCUUCCUACAGUCAGAAAUUAAGACGUUGAUGAUACAGCUAUUAUCAGCAGUAGCAUUGAUGCAUGAUAAUUGGAUUAUUCACCGUGAUUUAAAGACUUCCAACUUAUUACUUAACAACAGAGGAGAAAUCAAAGUUGCUGAUUUUGGUCUUGCUAGAAAAUAUGGUAGUCCGAUGGGAAACAUGACACAGUUAGUAGUGACACUUUGGUACAGAGCACCCGAAUUAUUAUUAGGAUCGAAGGAAUAUACCACAGCCAUUGAUAUGUGGUCUGUGGGAUGUAUCUUUGCAGAAUUAUUGAACAACGAAGCAUUAUUACCCGGCCGAAGUGAGAUUGAUCAAUUAGACAGAAUAUUCAAAUUACUAGGUACUCCAACAGAAGAAAUAUGGACUGGAUUUUCGGAACUUCCUCAUGCAAAGAAUAUAGCUCCUAUAUAUCAACCGUAAUACUUGGAAAACGUAUAAUCCACAAGAAUUACUUACACCCCCCCCUUUUCUUUUCUAGAUAUAGCUCAUUAAGAAGUAAAUUUACCACUCUGACCCAAGCAGGCUUGGAUCUUUUAUCCAAAUUGCUGACUUAUGACCCAGCAAAACGAUACACAGCAGAAGAAGCGUUACAACAUCCGUAUUUCGAUGAAAGUCCCGCGCCUAAAGAUCCAUCCAUGUUUCCAACCUGGCCUUCCAAAGGUUCAGGACAUAAAAAAAGAGAUUUCAGUCCAUCUGCACCAGCAGCAGCUCAUGGUAUAGCUGAAGAAGAACCUGGUUUAGCAGGCACUAUAUUUGGCGGUCAAACAGAAUCAACGGGUUUCCGAUUAAAACUUGGAUAAUAUGAUUUUUAAAAAAAGAAGGGGAUGGGGGAGUUGUUUAUUCUCUUAAAAUAC